AUGCGAGUUCAUAUAUUCUCCUUGGUCCUCUGUGCCAUCACAGGCACAGCAUUGGCAGGCUGGCCUGGGCCGGACCGGGGCUGCGACCCUGGCAUCAACCCCGAGUACCAGCCUCUGGCGAACUCUACACCGGUUGAGCAGUACUGUUCUGCGUAUAUGCCGCAACCUGUCGUCGCCGUCGCUGGCACCGCGACGACUCUUAGCAGGUUCCCACGGCACAAACGUGCCAGCACCACGACGAGGCCUCUAAACCCGACGACGAGGCCGCUGAACCCGGUCAUUACCACUUCCUCUAGUACAACAGCAACUACAACGACUUCUAUAAGUACCACCACAACCUCACCGACUACAACGACCACAAGCACCACCACCACGACCACGACAACAUCGACCACCACCAGCACCUCACUCCACCCCACCACCUGUCCCACAGACCAACCCACGCUCCAGGGCGACGGCUGCGGCCACUGCACCUUCAACAUUUACUGCAACCAAGCCCCGGCCCCUUUACCUGCGGAUAUUUACAACCCAAGCUGGCUGAUCGACCCGCAGCCCGAUUUCUGGUCGUGCCUGCGCGCGUGCGACGACAACGAUGCGUGCACCAUCUUCACGUAUCGCGCCGCCACGGGCGAGUGUCGCCAGUACAUGUUCACAUACUCUGGGAGCGCGAUAGUGCCGGUGACGCUGGUGCCGGUGCCCGGGUACGAUACGGGGAUUUACGACACGUGUAGGCUUGGAACGCCGUGUGACACUUAUACGUGUCCUGGGGAGAAUGAGAAUUGUCCGGAUAGUUGA